AUGGCCAUUGGCGCAGACUCGUCCAGGCCAGGCGUCGUCGAUCUGAAGGACCCAGCCGCGUGGAGAAGUGCGUUAGCAUCCCCACGACCAGUGCUGGCACACCUGAACGGUGACACAACGUGGCUGCUGCAACUUCCAAUCCCAAACUCUGUGGUCGCGUCUCCAGGAUCAAAAUCCAAAUCAAAGAAGUCAGCUCGCCGCUCACGUUUCAACAUACUGAUCGACCCGUGGCUGCAAGGGCCGCAGAGCGAUGUCGCCUCGUGGUUUUCUACACAGUGGCACGUCGUUGAGCCGGCCGUGCAGACAAUACAAGAGCUCGAAGAAGUGCUGGCCGAGCUAGGGGAUGGGAAGGCAGGCGCUGGCACCACGCAGAUCGACUGUGUGGCCAUAUCGCAUGAGUUCACGGACCACUGCCAUCAGGCGACACUGACGGAGCUGCCCAGGGGCGUGCCGAUAGUCGCGACAGAAAAGGCCGCAGACCUGAUACGGUCCUGGGCGCACUUCGACACUGUUAUAACCACGCCUGGAUUCUCAUCCUCGACGACAGACUGGCGCGAUGUGUUGGUGGACCAGACAGGGACGCUGCCGCCGUGGCUGGGGGUUGGCCGCGUGAUCACUCAAGGGAAUGCACUGUACUACCACUCAGCGUUGAUAAUAGCCUUCGACUUGGGAUACAGCCCGAACCAGCGAGCAACGCGGUCAAAGGACACGGCGCCACAGAAACAGUCUGAAGCGGUGAUUUACUCGCCCCACGGGAUCAAAGGAUCCGAUCUGGAAUGCGUCAGGGCCGCGGGCAUCAACACCCUCGCGUUGCUGCAUGGCCUGGACGACAUCCGCAUUUGGAUGACGGCACAGCUGAAUCUAGGCGCACUAAAUGGCAUCCAAGCAGUGCGAGCCAGCGGUGCGAAGUACUGGGUAGCGACGCACGACGAGGCGAAGAAAGGAGGCGGGUUCAUCUCGUGGCUGCUGCAGCGGACGACUUAUUCCUUGCGAGACGCUGUUGAGGCCGAGAAGGCAAAAGCACAAGAUGAAGAGGGAGACGAGAGCCCGGAUUAUGAGUUCGUCGAGCUGGGUUCAGGAGACGGACUGAUCUUGACAUGA